UGGCGGCGUGGCGGCGGCGCCGCGGCGUGCAUUGACGCUAAACGCCGUCGAGUGUACUUCGCGUCGCAGUCCGGGUGCAAUCGCACGUGACGUCUUUAUUAUGCAGCGAGCGUUUCACCUAAAACGCCGUGUGCGUCCUCGACGACGCAACGUGACGUGCAGGCGUCACGGCGUCAGUUUCAUUAUUUCAAUCAUUUCGAUCUUUGCGACAUUAACUCGGAUUUAAACACGUCCACGCGCUGAAUGUCAAGUUAGCGCAUUACACAAAAUGGCGUCGUAACAACACAGCAAAGGUUAUGAGUGGAUUAAAAUCGUGUUUAGGGUCAUUGCCAAGUGGUUCAAAGCAAUAAAAAAAUGUUACUAUAAAUUACCAACGUUUUUUACUUGUCACAUCAGUUGUUCACUAUCAACACAUCAAUCAACAUCACAAUUAAAAUGAAUGAGUAUCGCUUAAGACAAAAACACAAAAAAUCAAACUUAGAGGUGGAGCAAUGGACAGUGUACUCCAUUGCGGAUCUAAUGCUAGCGACUAUCAUCGUGGUGGUGGCGAUGUGCGACGCGGAACCGCCGCGUUUCCGUCAUUUCCAGCGUCAAGCCGUGCAGCCGAGCAAUCCGGAGGCGGCGCCGUACCCGCCGUCGGGUUAUCGCCCCGCCGGGGCGCAAUUUGCCCUCCCGCAGAAGGAGUACGGUGCGCCUGCACCGGGUUAUGGCCCGCCGGAUACCAACCAACAACCGCAAGCCACCACAACAGAAUUACCAGAAACUACUACCACCAACGACGAGGAAGGUACAACCCUUGAACCACAGGCUGAAAAUAUCAAAGAAGAAACCAAUAAAAACCGUCCAGUAUUCUUGGUGGUACCUCGCGCCCAGCAAGUCCGCAGCCAAAGUUACAUAACCUAUGUUCAGGAAUACCCUGAAGUUGUAGAUGAACCUGAAGAGUUGGUUUUCGAGCAAAACGCUGCGAUUUACAACAGCAAAUUGCAGGCGGUGCCAGUUGAAAGCAUUUACAACCCGUAUGCAUACUUUCAAAUCUAUCAAUAAUCAAUUUAAUCCAACAAAAUCAAAAUUAGCAACUUAAGCUGUAAUUUAUUUGUAAUUUAUACCCAGUCACGCUUGAAUGCAAACAAAUACACAUAUCAAUGACAA